AUGAGAGGCCCCACCGGACGCCACCCUCUAACGGAGGGCUUUGUACCCGACCACCGCCUCUCGACUCCAACACCUGUAGAUCCAUUGAAGUUCAAUGUCGGCGGCGGAGGAACCUGCCGAGAUUCUGAGGGUAUUUUCUCCGGUAGCCGUCCCUCUUCUUGCUACUCUGCUGGCGUUAAUUACCGCCGUUCAUCCUCCGCCGUCGUCAUUAAAAACCGUUCCAACCAAAGCCACGCUAUCUCCGCCAUCAAUUCCUACCUCUCCGAACGCUCCUUCCCGAUCUCCUUUAAACUUAAAUCUCUCCCAACCAGCAAAGACAUCAACGACACCCUAAAAUUCGUUCUCGCGCGUCUCGAUUAUCUGCCUAGUAAUAAGAUGGAGGAUGAUUUGCUUAUGGUUUUGAAAUACUUGAAUUGCCCGAUUAAGAUUAGCAAGUCGGCCUUAAAAUCCCCAGGAACUGAUCACGUGUUUCCUACUGUUUUAGCGAUUCUUCAUUGGCUUGUACAGAUUGCAUUGUACAACGAGCACCUUGUAAAUUCCAUUCAAUCACAGUCAAUUUCGGGAGACAGUCUGUUCUAUUAUACUCUGAAUACUUACAUGGAUUGCUUAAGGGGAUACGAUGAUGAAAAUAUCAUGGAGAAGUUACAACAGGAGAAAAGCUUUCUGGAGGAGAAUAUAAAGAUGAAAUUGGAAAAUGUGAAGGAUUUGGAGGCAAAGCUAGAGUCAAUAAAGUCUGGGCCAUCACUGAGGGAAUCAAAAGAGGAGGAACAGAGGAUGCUGGAAAAGGAUAUUAAGAAGUUCAAUGAAUUAAUCGAACAGUUGCAGACACAUGUUGUGGCUAUGGAGAAGCUAAUGGAAGAAAAAGAGAAGGAAUUGAGAAUUAAAACAGAGGAGAGGAUUAGGAUGUGUGAGGAGAAUGAAGAGAUGAAGAAGAAAGUGGAAGAACAGGGUAUGAAUAUGAGAGAAGCAGAGAGGUUGAAGAGAGAGUUACAAUCAGUGGAAAGAGAUAUUGAAGAGGCAGAGAUUGAAAGGAACAAAUGGGAGGAAACGUAUUGGGAUCUUGAUGCUGCCAUGGGGACAAACUUAAAGGAGCUCGAAGCACUUCAGAUUGAAUGCAACCAUACUAUACAGAGGUUGAAACUAGGAAAUGGCUUCCAAUAUGAUCUGAAUGCAAAAGGGUUAACACCUGUUGAGGUUCUUGGGAUGGAUUAUAAGUCAACACUGAAACCUGCACUAAAGUCUGCUAGUGAUGAUGUAAAGAGAAGUUCAAUGGAAAAUCUUGAAAGUUUGAAAUAUCUUCAACAAUCAUCCCGUGACAUUAAUGCAAAGAUUGAUGCAAAAAGAAAUCGUAUUCUUGUACUAAAAUCACGAAUUGAGGAAAAAGAAACACAAGAUUACAACUCACAAUGUGCUAUGGAAGCUCGGAAAUUGGUAGAGAAAUUUGAGGUCGAGUCUCAUAAAGUGGAUGUUGUUGAAAAAGAAGCUCGUGAACUUGUUAGGAGUUCAAAAGUGAAGUUAAAGGAAACAAUGAUGCGAAAUGAAGAAGAAGUUGAAAUGUGUGGUGAUGAGUUAUUGGCAUUGAUUGAUUCGGUGUCCAAGUGUAAAGAAUUUAUGGUUUCAAAAAUAUUAAAAAUGAAAAAUGAGGUUUCGGAAACCGGUGUUGAUAUAGCACAAGUUCACAAGGCAUCAUUAUAA